CCAGAGUCAGUUCAGUCAAAGCAUUUAUCAGCGAAGCGCGUUCGCGAUUUCUUCAUUCAAAGUAAUUGUAAACCGAAAUAAAAACGUCAAUAAAGAGCAAUACUCUGAUUCAAUACAAAAUCGAUAGCAUUAAUAUACAUAUUAGUCAUCUAAACAGAAGAUAUUGACGAUGUGCAAUUGACUCCUCUCAAAGAGCGAUUAUCUUGUUUAAUUCCAUUUCUUUUUAAAUUCUACAUCCACGAUGACUUCCAGAUUGUCGCAAAUGCAAGCAAGGUUCCAACAAAAACAGAUGCAAGAGAAAGAAGAGAAAUUACUGAAGUUGUACGAGAAUCAGCAGCAGAGAGCAUUUGAAAGAGUCGGCCGAGGAAGCGCUGGUAAUAAUGGCACGACGACCUUAGCCGCAGGAAAAGUCAGGCAAAUGUUUGACGAGAGAAGGCAGAAAGCGGGAAUUGACAAGAGUUACCCACUGGAGCCAUUGAAAACAAAUAGGACAAACACCGUGAAGAAGUCAUCCACGAUAACGACGUCAACUGCUGUUCAAAGGAAUGUUACAAAAAAAGCAGCGGUCACGGCGAUGAAAGAGAACAACAAUGUUAUAUUAUUGGAUGAAGCCGAAACUUAUUUAGAAGAACACAAAGAUAUCGUAGAUAUGAUGAACAAUCAUAAUCUAGAGGAUAAACUGGAUGAUGAAGAACUACCUCAAAUAGGAUUUGAUGAAUUUGAAGAACCAACAAUAGUCACUGGGAAGCUGGCCAACGUCGGCGGAAAGUUACCGAGUCAGGUAGCAGCUCCCAAAAAGAAACCUCCCCAACCAACUGCGAAAACGACAGUGAAACCGAAGACCAUCAUGAAAAAGCCACUCGUGAAGAGCACUCCGGCCCCGUUGAAAACUCCCUCACGAACGGGCAGCCUGCCCAACUCCCCGUCAAAACCAAAGAUGAGCGCAAAGAAACCACAGCCUGGAGGAGACAGGGCACCUGCAGCAGUGAGACCUUCUUCGACGAGGCAGACGACCAAAGCAUCGGCGGUUCAGAGAGACGAUCUCACCGGAUGCCGUUAUUGCCAGAGGAGGUUCGCCAGCGAUCGCAUACAGACACACGAAGACAUCUGUGCCAGGACAGGCAAGAAGAAGCGGAAGGCAUACGAUGCGACCAAGCACAGGCUCACCGGCACCGAGUUGGAACCGUACGCCAGACGAGCACCCAAGACAAGCAGCAGAGCCACAGUGACAACCGAAAACAUCUCUAGUAGUAAACCUAUUAAAUCCAAACAGGUGAAACCAUCAAGUUCCAAAAGUAACUGGAGACAAAAACACGAAGAGUUCAUAAGUGCGAUCAGGGCGGCAAAACAAGCUCAAGCGCACAUUGCCAAGGGCGGCAACAUCCGCGAUUUACCACCCCCUCCGCCAUCGUCCAAUCCCGAUUAUGUGCAGUGCCCACACUGUGGAAGAAGGUUCAACCAGACGGCAGCAGAUAGACACAUACCAAAGUGUGCUAAUUACUCCUUCAACAAGCCAAAACCUGGAGCUCCAAAACCUGUGGGCCGCAGAUGAAACCUGUGGAGCCGACAUGGAACGAUACUAUGGACUGGACCUUUAUAUUAAUAGAAGAGUUUAAGUUAACUUUGCGUAAUUUAACAUAUUGAUAUCUUAAAACUAUAUAAAUAUUCGUUUUAAAUCACUUCAUUAAUUCAAA